GUCGAGCGAAAUAUCGGACCGAACGCGUUCUGCGCGAGUGUGGGGGCAUAAUACAAAGCAACAAAGGAAGGCGGAGUAUUACGGUUGUUGAACCCAAGUGCUGCUGUAGGCCUUAUCCUGACACUCAUACACACACACGGACGCCGAAGUUUUAGUUAUUUAUUUCUGUCUGUAUAAGGAAACAUGUGGCGCUCGACCGUGGUGCUGCGACGGGCAGCGGCAGCCACCACCGCGGCCUCUCCCAGCGACGCGGCCCCCCUCGCCAGCUUCAGUUCCCGCGUGGAGGCCUUCUGCAGGCAAAUGCAGUCCGGCGGCGCGGUGUUCGACUGCGUCGCCGUGCGGCCCAGCGAGGGGGACUGUCGCGGGCUAGUGGCGAAGUGCCCGGUGCGCGAAGGCACGACGGUGCUCUCGGUGCCCCUCCACCACUUCUCCAUCUCGUCGGAGCAGAUCUUGAAGGACAACGCCUUCGUGAGGGAUCUGAAGCCCCCCGGCCCGGACGAGGUGCGUCUGCUGAUGAGUUCGCGCAGUAUCCAGGAUCCGGUGAUGUACGAGCAGGUCUACUUGGCCCUCCUGAUCGCCGCCGAUCACCUCAACCCUGCGAGCCCGAACAGCGACUACUACAAUCUCCUCCCCCACCCGGCCAUCAACGACGAGGAGGUGAUCCGACGGCACAAGGAUGUGCUGGACCCCCUUCUCCUCGUGGAGUGGGACGACUACCAGAAAGAGAUGCUCUCCGUGCUGCAUCAGCUGCUGCGUCGCUGGGGCACGCAGGCACCCCCGAUCCAGGUAGCCUACUGGGCCCUGCGGACAGUGUUUAGUCGCAUGCACAUGCUGCCCAAGGCGGGCCAGGCCCCACAAGAAGUCGGCUCCACGCUGAGCUACGCGGCCCUCUCCACCGUGGAUCGUGCGGAGCUGCAGACGCGGUGGUGGCGGCGCUUCCGCUCCACCCUGAGCUCCUUGAUGGGCAACCCAGCGGCAGCGGAGAGGUAUCACCUCGUCCCGACUCUGGUGCCGUUGCUCGACAUGGCACCGCAUGUCUCCUCGAGCAACGUGCAGGUCGAGGUCAACACGCGGGAUGUGAAGGCCGGCAGCUGCGCCGAGCUGCGGGCGGUGCGCGACAUCGACGCUGGUGAGUCGAUUGGGCUGCGCUUCAACGCCUCUCAAUCACCUGCCUUCCUUCUCUUUCGCUUUGGGUUUAUUCCACAGUAG